GCGGGACCGGCAGUCCGGCCUGGACGCGCAGAGCUGAGGAUGGCUGCGCGUGACUCCUUCCCGCUCCUGGUCGAGGGGUCCUGGGGCCCCGACCCCCCGAAGAACCUGCGCAUGAAGUUGCAGGUGUACUUCCAGAGCCAGAAGAGAUCCGGAGGCGGGGAGUGUGUGAUUCGCGAGGAGCCGGGGAACCCGCUCGCCUUCCUGGCGCUCUUCUUUCGGGAGGACGUUCGGCAGAAAGUUCUGGAGAGAGAGAACCAUGAGUUAGUAUGGCCAGAAAAAGGAACAUUCAAGUUAACUGUUCAGUUGCCAACGCCCCCAGAUGAAAACUUUGAUGUCUCUGGGAGGGAAACUCCGACAGAGGAAUCCAACACCAAUGAAGAUGCCAGAGAACCAGACCCAGAUGUGUCAGAAGAACGGGAUAUAAAACUCUCUCUCAAUAGAAGAGCUGAAAACAUGGAAGACACCCCAGAAGAAUGUGAGAAUAUUCCAUCUUUGGUUGCAUUUGAAAAUCUCAAGGAAAAUGUGACUGACAUUAUGUUAACACUGUUGGUGGAAAAUAUAAGUGGCCUGUCAGGAAACAGUGACUUUCAAGUGGAAUUAGUACGAGAUUGUCAUGUGGCUGUAGUUACCUUCCAAAAACACAUAGAUACCAUGAAAUUUAUUAGUGAUUGUGCCAAGUAUCAUCCAGCUAAGCAACUUCAGCUUUCUCCAAGACUUCUGGAAAUGACAAAAAUCGUCAGGAUUGAAAACUUACCACCUGGUGCUGAAGAAUAUUAUUUAAGACUUUUCUUUGAAAAUCCCCGUAAUGGAGGGGGAACAGUUGUCCGUGUUGAAUACUUUCCUAAAGAGAGUUCAGCUCUAAUUGAAUUUUCUGACAGAAAAGUGUUAGACACCAUCAUGACCAAGAAACUUGUCUUCAAUAAUCUGCCGCUUUCUGUGUUCCCGUACUAUCCUUCUUUGGGUACGGCCUUGUACGGCAAGGAGAAGCCUCUGAUCAAGCUCCCAGCACCACUGGAAGUGCCACUGGCUCUUCCCAUAUGGAAGUUCUUACAGAAAAAGAAUCACCUGAUUGAGGAGAUAAAUGGCGAAAUGGGACAUUGCCACUGUGAGCUAAUCUGGCCCCAACUCGAUAGUGUUGUUACCAUCAGGCCUGCAGCUACCUUAGUCAAUCAGGGAAGGCAGAGACUCAAUUCGUGGAGUGAAGAGGCUGCCACAGCGUUCUCUGUUAUCAUAUCGAAAUAUCAAGAUAUCACAUUUGAUGUGGACCCAAUCGUGUGGGACAACAUAAAAAAUGAUUUAGAAGAUAGUAGGGUUUUGAUUGAGUUUGAUACACUUAAGGAGACAGUAACCAUUGUAGGAAAAUCAGAGGAUAUGCAACACAUGGAGCCACAAACCAGGAAAUUAAUAGAAAGCAUCAUCCAGAAAAUCAAAAGGGAAGAGCAAAGCCUGAAGGAAAAAGUGGCCGUUUCUCCAGGAAAAUAUUCUGUUUUGUGGCACAGUGGUUUGCUGGAGGGUCUACGGAAGGAGUGCCCAGAGGUAGAGAUUUCUUACGAUGGAGGCACUGGACACGUAUGCCUUAACGGGCUUCCCGUCGAUGUGUAUAAAGUGAAGUGUGAAAUUCAGGAAAAGGUGCACACCAUGGUUCAGAAAAGCGUUCAGGCUCCCCCUGAGAUUUUCCAGUUUCUGCAGCAGGUGGACUGUGAAGAAUACUCUGAGUCUCUUUUCCUAGCAAAGGACAUCCUUGCCGUUUUUGCCCUGGAGGGUACAGCUGUGCUCCUAACCAGCUGUUCCCCUGAUGUGCUACAGAAAGCUGAAGAGCAAAUGGCCAGUGCCUUAAAUUAUAAAUGCAUUGAAGUGGAGGAUGGAGACGUUCUUAAAGAUAAGAGAUGGAAGCGGCACAUUGGCAAUUUGCAUAAGAAACAUAAUUCCGCCUCAAAAACUGUAAUCAUCGAUGAGCUGACUUCAGGACCCAUGGCUAAGGUCAUCAUUGCAGGCUGUGCCAGAAACGUAAAUGAAACCUAUGACUUGCUUUUUGACUUUGUAGAAAAACACGCAAAAAUAGAGAGAAUGAUUGAACUAAAGCCUUCCUUAGUUGUUGAGUAUUUAAGGACAGAAAAGAAGCCAAUUUGGUCAAAGAUAAGGACGAAAAAUGUGCGGGUAAUUUUCAACCCUGAGAACAAGCAAAAAGGCAUUUUACUAACUGGCCCAAAAGCUGAAGUCCUGGAGGGAAUGAACACCAUCAGGCAAAUGCGGGACUCUGUAUGCAUUAGAGUCACUAGCAUCGAUAAGCCAGGAGCUAGCCAGUUCUUCCGGGAUAAAGGACGGUAUUACAUAGCUGAGGCCAGGCGGCUCUUUGGUUGUUCUAUUGAGCUACAGGAAGAUGAAGAAAAGAUGGAGGGUGGUGGCCCAAGUGGGAAGCAGUGCUGCGCUCGGGUAGACUUGGUCCCUGGAGUCUCGCUGGUGGUCCAGCAGGGUGACUUGACUCACUUUCCCGUAGAAGUGGUGGUGAAUGCAUCAAAUGAAAGUCUCAACCACAUCGGUGGCCUUGCCGCUGCUCUUUCAAAAGCAGCUGGCCCUGAGCUCCAAUCCGACUGUGACCAGAUAGUGAAGAAGAAGGGCAAGAUCCCACCUGGCAGUGCCGUUAUCUCGAAAGCAGGAAAGCUUCCAUACCGCCACGUGAUCCACGCAGUUGGGCCCAUGUGGAAGGUGAAUGAUGCACCAAGGUGUACGUACCUGUUAAGGACAGUGGUGGAAGAAAGUCUUUAUUUGGCUGAAAAACACAAGUACAAGUCCAUAGCCAUCCCGGCUAUUAGUUCCGGAAUUUUUGGCUUUCCCUUACAGCAGUGUGUGAAGACCAUUAUUUUGGCCGUCAAGGAGAGCUUCCAAAAUUACAGGGAUGGAUGCACCUUGAAAGAGAUUUACCUUGUGGAUACAUCUGAGAAGACAGUUGAGGCUUUUGCUGCAGCUGUGAAAACUAUGUUUAAAGACACAGUGCCUGAUGAUGCUUUCUUGCCCAGUGUACCAGCAGCAGUCCAGCCCAGGCUGAGGAAAGGUCUUGAGGACAGCAACACUCUGAUGUCCCCUGAAGGCCUGAGGGUCCGUCUGGUGAAAGGAGAUGUGCAGGAUGUGAGGACCGAUGUUGUUGUCAACUCCAUUCCCCUGGAUCUUGCACUUGAUAAAGGCCCCCUUUCUCGGGCCAUCUUAGAAAAAGCUGGGCCAGAGCUCCAGGAGGAAUUGAACAAAUCCGGACAAGGGAUGACAGUCAACGUGGGCGCAGUUCUCAAAACCAGUGGUUGUAAUCUACACUGCCAGCACGUGCUUCAUGUGGUGCCUCUGGAGUGGAGAAAUGACAGUGCAUCUGCACAAAAGGUUAUGAAAGACAUAAUCAAAGAGUGUUUGAAGAUCACUGAGAAGAUGUCCUUAAAAUCAAUCACAUUUCCAGCUAUAGGAACAGGAAAUUUGGGAUUUCCUAAAACCACUUUUGCUGAAUUAAUCAUUUUGGAAGUGUUGAGAUUCAGUAGCAAGAAUCAACUGACAGCUUUAGAAGAGGUUCACUUUCUGUUACAACCAAGUGAUCGUGGAAAUAUUCAGGCAUUUUCAGAUGAAUUUGCCAGAAGAGCUAAUGGAAAUCUCAUCAGUGACAAAAUUCCCAAGGCUGAAGGCACACAAGCUUUCUAUGGUGCUGUUUCUAGCCCUGAUUUAGGGGUGCAUGAGAUGAAUAUUGGUUCCGUCAUCUUCCAGGUGGCCUCUGGAGAUAUCACCAAGGAAGAGGCAGAUGUGAUCGUAAAUUCAACAUCGAACACAUUUAACCUCAAAGCAGGGGUCUCCAGAGCAAUUUUACAAGGUGCUGGACGAGAUGUCGAACAGCAGUGUUCUCUUCAGGCUCAACAGGGCAAAAAUGAUUACAUAAUUACAGAAGGUGGAUUACUGAGGUGCAAGAAUAUAAUUCACGUCGUUGGAGGACAUGAUGUCAAGAAAUCUAUGUCUUUUCUUUUGCAAGAGUGUGAAAAACGGAAUUAUGCAUCCAUUUGCCUUCCCGCCAUUGGGACAGGGAAUGCCAAGCAAGACCCAGAUAAGGUUGCCAAAGCCAUAAUGGAUGCCAUUGAAGACAGUGUUCAGAAAGGAUCAGUCCACUCUGUGAAAAGAGUUAAAGUUGUUAUCCUUCUGCCCCAAGUACUGGAUGUGUUUUAUGCCAACAUGAAGAACAGAGAAGGGUCCCAGGCUCCUCCCCAGCCAUCGAUGAUGUCUAAAGUUGCAUCGUUUUUGGGUUUCUCACGGCAGACUCCCAAAAAACAGGCUGCUUUGGUUUUGGAAAAGAAAAUGGAAUCAGCAAUUUUUCAGGUGUGUGGUGAAAAUGAAAAAAAUGUGAGAGGUGCUAUCUCCUGGAUACAGGAUCUGAUUGAAAAGGAACAGUUUACUCACACCAGUGAAGAUAAGUGUAUCCGAAACUUUGAUGAAAAGGAAUAUCAGGAAUUAAAUGAGCUGCAGAAGAGCUUCAAUAUUAAAAUUUCCCUGGAUCUUAAGAAACCUUCAAUUCAAGUUUCAGGAAUUUGCAGAGAUGUGGUGACAGCUGUAAGUACAAUUGAGGAAAUGAUCAAGAGAGUUAGAGCGUACACAGAACAGGAAUCUCGGGCUGAUUGUAUCAGUGAAUUUAUAGAAUGGCAAUAUACUAACGGGAACAGCUUUUAUCCUUUUGACAAAAUGACCAACCUGCAAUUAGAGGAUGCAAGGAGAGCAAAGCGAAAGACAGUCGAUGUCAAAAUCCAUAACCGGAACUACGAAGUGGACUUGCUCUCAAUGACUGCUACAGGUGAAGGGGGAUACAGUUUACCUAUUCAGCGUCUCGUGAAAUCUGAAGUUGAGAUCCCCACGAACUGGAGUGAUAUGAAGCAGCAGACAUCCCGUUUGGUGGAGCUACAGCCUAGUCAUGCAGAAUACGACACUGUGGCAAGAGAGUUCAAUCAGACCUGCUCAAACUUCAAAAUAGUGAAGAUUGAAAGGGUCCAGAAUCCAGAUCUCUGGAAUUGCUACCAGGCAAAGAAGAAAACCAUGGAUGCCAAGAAUAGUCAGAUAAAUAACGAGAAGCUCCUCUUCCAUGGGACAGAUGCAGACUCAGUGCCACAUGUCAACCAAAAUGGCUUUAACCGCAGUUAUGCUGGCAAGAAUGCUGUGGCAUAUGGAAAGGGAACCUAUUUUGCUGUCAAUGCCAGUUAUUCUGCCAGCGACAUAUACUCCAGACCAGACAGUAUGGGGAAAAAACAUAUGUAUUAUGUGCGCGUUCUCACUGGAAUCUACACAGUUGGAAAUCACUCAUUAAUUGUGCCUCCUUCAAAGAAUCCCCAAGAUCCUACUGACCUUUAUGACACUGUCACAGAUAAUGUACAAAGUCCAAAAUUAUUUGUGGUUUUUUAUGACUACCAGGCUUACCCAGAGUACCUCAUUACUUUUGUAAGAUAACAUUUUGGUUUCCUUCCCAAAAGACAUUACUGAUCUGUAUAUGCCUACUUGUAAAACAAGUUUUAGCAUUACUGUUUUUUUUUUAAAACUGUAUUUUCCUAAGCUCAAAGGAUUCUUCUUUGUCAUUGAAAUUAAACUUUUUCAGCUUCCCUUUCAUAAUCUGAAAUGAACCUAUCUUGAGAGCAAAUAAAU